AUGAGAUACUUUACCAUCCUCGCCAUCCCCUCCAUCUUGGUCGCUGCCAACGACCUUGGUCCCCGUCAGACGGAACAAGAUCCGCUCACGACCCUCCGCGCCAACUUCUGCCUCGAGUACCACACGCGGAAGUGCCAGGAGCACAUCAUCGAAUGCAAUCACAACAAGAAAUACGCAUCCAUCGAAGAGUGCAUGCCAGUCGAGUACCCGGAGUGCAUCAAGGACGAGACGUCUCCUUGCGCCCAGGGCAUCGUCCAAUGCAUCACUGAAUUUGGCGGGGAGGAAGACGCCGUCCAGGCCGUCGAGGACUGCAUUACCGAAAAGGUGAUGACUGCGGUCGACGAGGAUGACGAGGAUGGCGAGGACGAGGAGAAGAAGGCCGCCACUCCCGAGCAAGUUGCCGCGUGCAAGAAGGCGAGCGCCGAGUAUGAGGUGACCUCCACCGUGGACAACGACUGCCAUGUGGAAACUGAGGAGGACAACAGCGUGGAGAGAAGAGCCGAGUCAGCAGCUUGCAAGGCGGCAGCAGAGGCUUUUGAACAGGCAUGGAAAACCAACAACUGUGAGACGGCAUUGGGGGCUUAG